AUGAAGACCCCAUUUGGAAAGGCGGCUACAGGGCAGCGGUCCAGAACAGGCUCAAGGCUUGCCAGUGUGCCUGUUACCAUGAUGAAGAAAAAGGCUGCACACAAGAAGCAUAGGAGCAGACCCCUCUCCCGGCCUCGGAGGAACAUCGUGGGCUGCAGAAUUCGGCACGGAUGGAAAAACGGAGAUGAACCUCUAACACAGUGGAAGGGAACCAUUCUGGAUCAGGUACCUGUAAAUCCCUCUCUGUAUCUUAUCAAAUAUGAUGGAUUUGACUGUGUUUAUGGAUUGGAACUGCACAGAGAUGAAAGAGUGUCAUCACUUGAAGUUUUUCCUAAUAGAGUUGCAUCAUCUAGAAUCAGUGAUACACACUUAACAGAAAUUAUGAUUGGCAAAGCAGUGGAACACAUUUUUGAGACAGAGGAAGGUUCCAAAAAUGAAUGGAGGGGGAUGGUCUUAGCUCAGGCACCUGUCAUGAAAACAUGGUUUUACAUUACCUAUGAGAAAGAUCCUGUGUUAUAUAUGUACCAGCUCUUAGAUGAUUAUAAAGACGGUGACCUACGCAUCCUUCCUGAUUCCAGUGAUUCUUCUCCUGCAGAGAAGGAGCCAGGAGAAGUCAUAGACAGCCUAGUAGGUAAACAGGUGGAAUAUGCCAAAGACGAUGGCUCCAAGAGAACCGGUAUGGUCAUUCACCAGGUAGAAGCCAAACCCUCCGUGUACUUCAUCAAGUUCGAUGAUGAUUUCCAUAUCUAUGUCUACGAUUUGGUAAAAACAUCUUAGAGGUUAUCUUGAAAUUUUCCAAACUUGUGAGACUAUUUGUAAAAUCUGUGCACACACAAAGUCUUGAUUGUUUUCCAAUUUGUAAGAAUAUUCUCCCUUUCUGCAUGCUUUUAUCUGGCCAAAAGAAAGAAAAGAAAAGAACUUACACUCAGAGAGUUUUGGAAGAAAUAUUUUGCCCUUUUUUUAC